AUGCUCUCACAUUUUAAUGUGACAUCUCGUUUGUCCAUGAAACUAAGCCCUAUAAGCCAUUUGCUCCGAGCAGUGCAACAUCGAGCGUAUUCCUCGCUCUCAGAACGCCUACACCAUGAUCUGACUACGCGAAAGCUCCCAUUGACCUUCGACUAUCUACAUCCUCAGCCAUCUCACCUCUUAACACUCUCGCUCCACGGUCUUCUCCCACAAUCAUCCGGUAGUCCUCAUGUAUCGCCGACCCUUCCUUCGAUUGCAAAUCCGUACCCGUUGCCAAUCGGUCACCACUUGAUCUACUUUCCACCCCAAGUAACCCUGUCGCAAUUGGUUCCAGAUGGCUGUGACGUCCUUCAUACACCAGGUGAUCCUUUCAAUCGCCGCAUGUGGGCAGGUGGCGAUGUCAGAUUUCCAAAAUUUGAACCGCUCCUGGAUGGCAGCCGGGCCGUCUGCAUUGAGUCAAUUCGGAACGUGACUGUGAAAGGACGCGAAGGAGAUGAGAAAGUGAUCGUGACGAUUGAGCGACGGGUUGGUACUGUGCCCGAAGGGGAGACCCAAGAAUCGACAUGGAGCCGGAUAUGGCAAGAAAAUGAAGCAGACUUGGGAGACUCGUCGCUAAUUGAAAAUCGAGAUCUCAUAUUCAUGCGGGCCAAGACCGCGGAGCAAAUUGAAUUAGACCGAGAGCAGUUUGCGAAACCGAGUCGAUAUGUCAAGUCUCCCCCUGAUGCGGUAUUCCGCCAUUCAUUAUUGCCCACCAAGGCAUUACUCUUCCGCUUCUCAGCCUUGACAUUCAAUGCACACUCCAUCCACUUGGACAAAGACUACACACAGAACCAGGAAGGCUUCAGAAACCUUCUGGUUCAUGGUCCCUUGACCUUGACCCUGCUUCUGAGCGUCCUGCAAAGCCACUUCCAAAGUCUGAACCUUCGGAUUGGACAAAUUGAAUAUAAAAAUCUUGCACCUCUAUAUGUUGAUGAAGAAUUGACAAUCUGUGGCAAACCCAAAAAUAACGACUCUUGGGAUGUCUGGAUUGAGGGCCCUGGUGGUAGUCUUGCCGUUCGAGGUACUAUCAGGACUUGCCCAGUAUAG